AUGCAAGAAGUUGGAGAAGCGUCAAAUCUCGGGUUAAAUUACAACGAAUCAAAGUACUACUUCUUGGAGAUCAACAAGGAAAUUGCCAAACUUGCCGUAUUGACAUUGAGCAAACAACCAAAAGGGAAUAAAACCAGAGUGAAACAAAUUUCGCUCAUUCUCACCUACAUGUCAGGAGUAUUCUUUGCACAUAACGACAGCGUGAAGUGUUUGAAAAAGAAGUUGAGUGGAAAACAACAGUGUGUUUGGGGAAAGAUGUCUUUUGUCGACUCUGUUCAAAAAGUUGUUAAGCAGUUUGGUGGGUAUUAA